CUCUCGGAAGUCUCUGGAAACCUUACUCCGUUAAAACCCUCUCUUUCUUUUCCUCCUAUCAACCAGCACAAGGGUUUCCGAAACCAUUUAUCGUUUUUCCCGCGUUACCAAUCCCGGAAAACAAAAACCCAAACCCCAUUUUUCGUUGGAGUUCGUCUACUUUGGUUUUUUUGAUCGGCCAUGGACGAGGAUUUCGACCUUCCAGCGGCGGAGGAGAUGGGUCUUCCAGGAGAGAGCACGAUUCUGAAAGUAGGAGAAGAGAGGGAGAUUGGAAAGGAAGGAUUGAAGAAGAAGCUUCUCAAGGAAGGAGAAGGAUGGGAUACGCCCGAGAAUGGAGACGAAGUCGAAGUUCAUUAUACUGGAACAUUGCUUGAUGGGACCCAGUUCGAUUCGAGCCGAGAUAGGGGGUCGCCGUUCAAGUUCAAGCUCGGUCAAGGCCAAGUGAUCAAGGGAUGGGAUCAAGGAAUCAAGACAAUGAAGAAGGGUGAGAAUGCCAUCUUCACCAUUCCUCCUGAACUGGCCUAUGGCGAGGCAGGCUCUCCACCAACCAUUCCUCCCAAUGCCACGCUCCAAUUUGAUGUCGAGCUGCUCUCAUGGUCCAGUGUCAAGGACAUUUGCAAAGAUGGAGGCAUCUUCAAGAAGAUUCUCAAAGAGGGAGAGAAAUGGGAGAACCCAAAAGACCUCGACGAAGUCUUUGUGAAAUAUGAAGCUAGGCUCGAAGAUGGAACUGUCUUCUCCAAAUCUGAGGAAGGAGUGGAGUUCACUGUUAAAGAUGGGUAUUUUUGUGCUGCACUUUUGAGAGCUGUGAAAACGAUGAAAAAGGGAGAAAAGGCGCUUCUCACUGUGAAGCCCCAAUAUGCAUUUGGGGAGAAGGGUAGACCAGCUUCUGGCAAUGAAGGUGCGGUUCUGCCCAAUACAAGUCUUCACAUUGAACUCGAGCUGGUUUCUUGGAAGACAGUCACAGAGGUUACACCUGAUAAGAAGGUCUUGAAGAAGAUCCUCAAGGAAGGAGAGAACUAUGAGCGCCCAAACGACGGAGCUGUUGUCACAGUGAAACUGAUUGGGAAGCUGCAAGAUGGAACUGUGUUCCUUAAAAAGGGCCAUGAUGAGGAGGAGCCAUUUGAGUUCAAGACGGAUGAAGAGCAAGUUAUCGAAGGACUCGAUAGAGCAGUGAUGACGAUGAAGAAGGGGGAGGUUGCAUUGGUGACAAUUGCACCAGAAUACGCUUUCUCUUCAACCGAAUCAAAGCAAGAAUUGGCUGUGGUUCCCCCACAUUCCACUUUAUGUUACGAGGUUGAGCUUGUCUCCUUUGUGAAGGAGAAAGAAUCAUGGGAUAUGAACAAUGAGGAGAAGAUUGAAGCCGCUGGUAAAAAGAAGGAAGAAGGAAAUGCUUUGUUCAAAGCGGGUAAAUAUGCGAGGGCUUCCAAGAGAUACGAGAAGGCUGCGAAGUUAGUUGAACAUGACAGUGCAUUUAGUGAAGAGGAGAAGAAACAGUCCAAAGUGCUGAAGCUCAGCUGCAACCUUAACAAUGCUGCCUGCAAGCUGAAGCUUAAAGACUACAAACAGGCAGAGAAACUGUGCACUAAGGUGUUGGAGAUUGAGAGCAGAAAUGUCAAGGCUCUCUAUAGAAGGGCCCAAGCAUAUAUCCAGCUGGCCGACCUUGAUUUGGCUGAGCUUGAUAUCAAGAAGGCUCUUGAAAUUGAUCCUGACAACAGGGAUGUGAAGCUGGAGUACAAGACAUUGAAGGAGAAGUUGAAAGAGUAUAACAAAAAGGAGGCGAAGUUCUACGGAAACAUGUUUGCUAGAAUGAACAAAUUAGAGCAGCUAGAAUCAGCUAGAAUCCAAUAAAUCUGGAGGCCAGGCCACGGAGCCGGUGGGCAUUGACAGUGCAGCUUAAGCCUUGGAAGUCGGUUGAGAAGAAUGUGUGUGUGUGUGUGUGUGAGAGAGAGAGAGAGAGAGAGAGAGAGAGAGAGGCUCCAUUUUCUACGCCUGGAGGAAAGUCCAUUAAAGGGAUUUAAUUUGAUCGUUGUCUAAGAACCAGUAUUUUAACACCUGUAGGGAAUAAUACAUUUUAUACAACUGAAGAAUGAGGUUUGUGGCUGUAGUUUCUCUCAUUGGAUUGGUGUGUGAAUUAAAUCAUUUUGAAGUUUGUACUC